UGGCAGCCACAGGUUGUUGGACAGUUUCCCACAAAUACAGAACAUCAAACAUGGGCAAGAUCAUCUUCUACGAGGACAGGAACUUCCAGGGUCGCUCCUAUGAGUGCAUGAGCGACUGCUCUGACAUGUCCUCCUACCUGAGCCGCUGCAACUCCUGCAGGGUGGAGAACGGAUGCUUCAUGGUCUACGAUCGCCCCAACUACAUGGGGAACCAGUAUUUUCUGAGGAGGGGCGAGUACUCGGAUUACAUGUCUUUUGGCAUGAGUGACUCUAUCCGAUCCUGCCGAUUAAUUCCUCAGCACAGAGGCUCUUACAGGAUAAGGAUUUAUGAGAGGGAGAACUUCCAGGGCCCGAAUCAUGAGCUGAUGGACGACUGCGACAACAUCAUGGACCGCUACAGCCUGUCUGACUGCCAGUCAUGCAAUGUGAUAGAUGGCCACUGGCUGAUGUACGAGCAGCCCCACUACAGAGGCAGGAUGGUCUACCUGAGACCUGGAGAGUACAGGAGCAUGAGAGAUAUCGGAUAUAGUGGCAUGAGGCUCAGCUCUGCUAGACGUAUAAUGGAUUCCUGUUGAUGCAAAGGAAAAUAAUGCGCUGAAUAAUAAAGUGAAAGAUUAAACUAA